AAUAAAGACAGGAAGAAAAAACAUAAACUAACCAAUCAGUGAAGAGCUAGCCGCUGUUCUCUUGCUAAGAUUCUCGAAUCCCGAGAUUUCCAACCAUUUCUCUUCCAUUUAUAUAUAUAUAUAUAUGAAUAACUCACUGAUGCUCAGCUGAAUUCAGUUCCGACCUCCAACCCCGACCGGAAAAGUCGCCAUGGCCAAUGCACUGGAGCAUGCCCCGACGGAUAAUCAAGAGGAGUACGAGCGUGAUCGUGAAUCUCUUUCCAUUCCCUUACUCUCCUCCGCCCUUAGCCAGAGAUCGAUCCCAAAUUCGAGUUCUCAGGCCGCCAUUGUCGGCUCUCAUGUUUGCCCUAUCGAGAGCCUCGAUUACGAGAUUUUUGAGAACGAGUUCUUCAAGCAAGACUGGAGGAGUCGUGGAAAAAGUCAAAUUUUCCAGUACAUAUUCAUGAAAUGGCUCACUUGCUUCCUCAUCGGAUUAAUUGUUAGCCUGAUCGGAUUUUGCAAUAACCUCGCCGUUGAGAACCUUGCCGGCGUUAAGUUUGUCGUUACCUCCAACAUGAUGUUACAGCAUAGGUAUGGGAUGGGGUUUUUUGUGUUUUUCGCUUCGAAUUUGGUGCUUACUCUGUUUGCGUCUACACUCACGGCCUUGAUAGCACCGGCGGCCGCAGGCUCCGGUAUACCGGAGGUGAAGGCUUAUCUGAAUGGUGUCGACACCCCCGGAAUCUUUUCAAUACGGACUUUGGCAGUAAAGAUUGUUGGCAGCAUAACAGCAGUAUCAUCUUCUCUUCUUGUUGGGAAGGCGGGGCCAAUGGUUCAUACCGGUGCUUGUAUUGCUUCAUUACUAGGUCAGGGUGGUUCCCAGAAAUAUAAUUUGACAUGGAAAUGGCUCCGAUUUUUCAAGAAUGAUCGGGACAGGCGGGAUCUUGUAACCUGUGGUGCGGCUGCUGGUAUUGCUGCCUCUUUCCGAGCCCCUGUUGGUGGUGUGCUGUUUGCUUUUGAAGAGAUGGCAUCUUGGUGGAGAAGUGCUCUUCUGUGGAGAGCUUUCUUCGCAACAGCUGUAGUUGCAAUUGUGCUCCGGGCUCUAAUUGAUGUUUGCUUAAGUGGGAAGUGUGGGCUAUUUGGUACUGGGGGACUGAUAAUGUUUGAUGUUUAUUCAGCAAACAUUUCAUAUCACCUUGUCGAUGUGCCUCCUGUGCUUGCCCUUGGUAUUGUAGGUGGGAUAAUAGGAAGCUUUUAUAACUUUCUAUUGGACAAAGUUCUUAGAUUGUACAACUUUAUCAACGAGAAAGGCGUUGUUUACAGAAUUCUUCUUGCUUGUGCAAUCUCCGUAUUCACGUCUUUUCUUCUUUUUGGAUUACCAUUCCUUGCAUCCUGCCAACCUUGCCCACCUGAUGCAACUGAAGCCUGUCCUACAAUAGGCCGGUCGGGUAACUACAAGAAGUUUCAAUGUCCUCCUGGUCACUAUAAUGAUCUGGCUAGUCUCAUAUUUAAUACAAAUGAUGAUGCUAUCAGGAAUCUUUUCAGCAAAGGCACUGAUUUUGAGUUUCAAUAUUCAUCAGUUCUCAUAUUUUUUAUCACCUGCUUUUUCCUAAGCAUCUUUAGCUAUGGGAUUUGUGCCCCUGCUGGUCUUUUUGUACCUGAAAUCGUGACUGGGGCAUCUUUCGGACGUUUCGUCGGUAUGCUACUUGGUCCACACUCUAAUCUUAACCAUGGCCUUUAUGCUGUGUUAGGUGCCGCUUCUUUUAUCGGUGGAUCAAUGAGGAUGACUGUUUCCCUGUGUGUGAUUAUUCUGGAAUUGACCAAUAAUUUACUACUGCUACCAUUGAUAAUGCUGGUUCUUCUUGUUUCAAAGACUGUAGCCGAUGCUUUCAAUGGAAACAUUUACGAUCUUAUCAUGAAAUUAAAGGGAUUGCCUUAUCUGGAGACUCAUGUUGAACCAUAUAUGAGGCAGCUAACAGUAGGCGAUGUAGUAACUGGUCCACUUCAGGUUUUUCGUGGGAUUGAGAAGGUUGGUAAUAUAGUACAUAUUCUCAGAAGCACAAAGCACAAUGGAUUUCCUGUAAUUGACGAGCCUCCGGUGUCCCAAGCCCCUGUCUUGUUUGGCAUAAUCCUUCGCGCUCAUCUUAUAACAUUGUUGAAGAAAAAAUCUUUCUUGGCCACCCCAGUGCUGACAGGAAGUGAUGCAUUCAAGCUGUAUUCAUCAGGGGAUUUUGCAAAGAGAGGCUCAGGCAAUGGCGAAAAGUUGGACGAUAUAGAAUUCACCGAGGAAGAGUUGGAGAUGUUCUUAGAUUUGCAUCCAUUUACCAAUGCUUCGCCUUUCACCGUGGUGGAGACGAUGUCCCUAGCGAAGGCUCUCAUACUAUUCCGAGAAGUAGGCUUGAGGCACUUGCUGGUGAUACCAAAGAUCUGUAGUAGAUCUCCAGUGGUGGGAAUACUAACAAGACAUGAUUUCAUGCCUGAACAUAUAUUGAGCUUGUAUCCUUCACUGGUAAGGAGCAGGUGGAAGAGAUUAAGAAUCCGUUUACCUCGUCUUACGAAAAUCUUUUAGGCUCUUCUGAAGCUUGUAUAUAUAGAUAUCAUAUUGAAGUUGAGUAGGAUCACAACAAAACAAAAGAAAACCAAGCCAUUCUUGCAUUGCACUAUUGCCUAGUUAUUUUUGAAAAAAUUUGGUCGAUUUUGAUACGUGGUUUUGGCAAUUGAAGAGUUAAGUUACUCUUUAGGUGCCCAGCAAGAUAGUUCUUGAGUAUGUUCCACUCAAUCACCUGAGAACUUUCGGUGUGAACUCUUUGAUCUCACAUAGAAGUGAUUAUGCCGUUACGAAUGUUCGGGUUAAUGGACAAAUUUUAUCUUCAAUAAUAAAAGUUCAGACCACUUGUCCGGUUCUUAUGAUUAUUAUUUAUUUGUUUAUUUCCAAAAGUUUUGUAACAAUAACUAUUUGUCCGUGUCAUUGACACUGUAAUAAUGAUUAUUUCACACAUAAUUCUUUCUA